UCUCGCCAUGUCUCUGGUUUCUCCUAUGUUAGGCGCCUGCUGCCGGGUGACCCUGGCUGUGGGCAAAAGGCUGACCGGGAGCCCAGGGCCCCCUCUCGGCAUGACUGCCUGCUGGCGCUGGGCUCAGUCCUCGGCUCCAUACUCCGGUGGACCUGCGGACGGCGACAUGAAGCGAUAUCUGAAUGACCACUACAAGGAAACCAAAAGAAGCAUCAACGAACUCAUCCCUUCAAUUUCAAACAAUUUAUUGAACCCGGAUGCUAUUUUUGCCAACAAUGAAAUGAGUCUUGCCGACAUUGAAAUAUAUGGAUUUGAUUAUGAUUAUACUUUGGCAUUUUACUCGAAAGAUCUUCACACACUGAUCUUCAAUACUGCUAGAGAUCUUCUCAUAAAUGAGCACCGGUAUCCUGCUGAGUUAAGGAAUUAUGAGUAUGAUCCAAACUUUGCGAUUCGAGGACUUCAUUAUGAUGUUCACAAAGCAUUAUUGAUGAAGAUUGAUGCUUUUCAUUAUAUUCAGCUAGGAACAGUGUACAGAGGGCUUAGUGUGGUACCCGAGUCAGAAGUCAUUGAAAUGUAUGAGGGUCACCAUGUCCCGUUGGAACAGAUGAGUGACUUUUAUGGAAAGAGCUCUGAAGGGAAUACUCUGAAGCAAUUCAUGGAUAUAUUCUCACUGCCAGAAAUGACUCUUCUCUCAUGCGUUAAUGAACAUUUCCUAAAAAACAACAUUGAUUAUGAACCUGUUCACUUGUACAAAGAUGUGAAGGAUGUCAUAAGGGAUGUUCAUGUAAAGGGGCUAAUGUACAGAGCCAUUGAAGCUGACAUUGAAAGGUACAUUUGCUAUGGAGAAAAAACUCGAGCUGUACUGGCAAAGUUGGCAAACCAUGGCAAAAAGAUGUUCCUGAUUACAAACAGCCCCAGCAGUUUUGUGGACAAAGGAAUGAACUUCAUCGUAGGAAAGGACUGGCGGGAUCUUUUUGAUGUUGUCAUUGUUCAAGCUGACAAACCUAAUUUUUUCAAUGAUAAGAGAAGGCCAUUCCGCAAAGUUACAGACCGUGGGGUUUUAUUGUGGGAUAAAAUUCACCAGCUUGAAAAAGGAAAGACAUACAAGCAGGGUAACUUAUUUGAAUUUCUGAAGUUAACUGGAUGGAGAGGAUCAAAAGUAUUGUACUUUGGAGAUCAUAUAUACAGUGACCUAGCGGAUCUGACUUUAAAACAUGGAUGGCGGACAGGAGCCAUUAUUCCAGAAUUAAAAUCCGAAAUUCAAAUCAUGAAUAGAGCAGAAUACAUUCAAACCAUGGCUUGGCUUCAAGGUUUAACCGGAUUACUUGAACGGAUGCAGGUUUACAGAGAUGCUGAAUCACAGAUGAUCCUAGACGAGUGGAUUAAAGAAAGGAGAGAGAUGAGGGACAUGGCAAGAAAAAUAUUCAACAACCGCUUUGGAAGUAUAUUCAGGACUGAUCACAAUCCCACGUAUUUCUUGAGGCGGUUGUCCCGUUUUGCUGAUAUUUACAUGGAGUCUUUGAGCUGCCUCCUGAACUAUGAUCUGUAUCAUACUUUUUACCCGAAGAGGACACCGUUACAGCAUGAAGUCCCGGUGGCUUCUGACCAGCCGUAUCCUGGCAUCUUUGGGAUCCCUUUCCUACAAGAAAUUGCCCAACUCAAGUGAUUCCAGUCUGUGAACUGAAUGUGUUUCUUAAUCACUGGAUACUUUGACACUUCCAAAUGAUCUUGGUUCCCCAAAGCCACUUUUUUGUUUAAUUACAUAUUAUUUACCUAUGAUCCCAGUUUUGUUCCUAAGGCUGAUUAGUUUUGUUUUUUUUAAAGUGUUCCAAGACUAUCCAGUAUUGUCUCUUCAGGCUGUAGCUAUUUCAUGAAUCUAGAAAAAUGCUAUCUUUAUUUUUCACUUAAUUUUAAUAGAAACAAAAAUCUCACAUGGAAUAUUUAUGAUUCAUCUAUUAAGUAUCUCCUGGAGUGAGAAGAGUGUGUUUUAAUGGGUGGGUUUAAAAAACUGCAGUUAAAAGGGUAAUCUAUUUGAGUGUAUUUUUUGUAGAUGAAAGUUCUCCUAUUACAAUGUUGUUUGCAGGUCAGAGAUUAUAGCCUUAAUUCUACAUCUAUUACUACUGGGGAGAAAGAUAGAUAUCCUCGAUUUUGACAUAAAACUUUUUUUAAUGUGAUAUAGUUUUUUUAAAUUAGUAAUGAAACUGAUUUUCAUAUAGUUUUUUUUCCUUUUAUGAAUUUGCUUGUGUGCAGGUU